AUGCAUUUUGGCAACGUUACUACGAACAGGGCUGAGAGUGCACAUGCAAAGUUGAAGAGACAUCUUGGAUCUUCUCAAGGUGACUUAGAGUCAUCAUGGACAAUUAUCAACAGUCUUAUUGAGUUACAACAUGUAGAGAUUAAGGGGUCGUUUGAAAAAAGUUUAAUGUUGGUGCAACAUAACUUCAAGCCAGCAAUUUUUAGAGAAUUGCGAGGUGUUAUAUCGAGAAGUGCAUUGAAUAUGGUACUAAUGCAGUCGCAACUUGCUUAUAAAAUUGGGAUAGACAAAGUUUCAUGUGGAUGUGUGAUUAGAAGCACAUAUGGUUUACCUUGUGCACAUGAAAUUGCAGAGUUCAUGGUACAAGGACGGCCAAUUCCUUUGUCAACUGUGCAUCCUCAUUGGACAAGGUUGCAGUUAGUGCAGUCAGCUUAUGAUGGUGUGUCAUCGCAGGUAACGAUUGAGCCAGAAAUAGAGAGUAUAUAUAAAAUGUUUUAUUCAGAACCGGAGCCAGGGAAGCAAGUAUUAAAGAAAAAGUUGAGAGAAAUAGUUAAUCCAGACACAACUUCACUACAACCACCAACCAUGAAAGUUAGGACGAAGGGUAGGCCAACAUCGAAGAAGAAAAUUCAGAUUGAUACAUCCACCAAACGUGAUCCGUCCUUAUUUGAAAUAGUUCAAUCUAGUCAAGACAGUAGAUCCCUAGCAACAUGGAUAUCCAAGAGAAACACCAACCGACUCAAGGGGUAUGAUGAUUGUUUCCCACCACAAAUACAACCGUUCUUGCAUAAUAUUGUUAAUGUAGAAUCAGAUGGACAUUGUGGAUUUCGCGCGAUAGCAGGGUUACUUGUUGCUUCAAAAUACAAUGUCGUAUUGGUGCAUUUGUCACGGAUCCAGUGUCUUACAUAUCUUCCACUUAGAUCGAUCCCUCCUCCAGCAGUACAACACAGGAUGAUUACUAUAGGAUUUGUGAAUGAUUGUCAUUUUGUGCAGGUAUUCCUUAAGCCAAGGUCACCAAUUCCUCCCGUCGCACUGAAUUGGUACAGAUUUCGAUGUGAUAAUGCACGUGAUUGGGAAACGCCAUACAUAUCCAGAAUUCAAGCAUUUUUAUCUCUAGUAGGUCAAGAUGUGGCAACACAGGAAGUUUUUGACUUAUCUGACACAUGA